AAUAAGGACCCCAAAAAAAGUUGUCGAGCGAACUGAGUGAAAGAGAGAGAAAAAACGGAACCCUUCCCACUCUCCAAAAAUCACGGGGAGUGACUGUGACAGGAGGAAGGGGACAGACAGACAGAGAGAGAGAGGGAGAGAGCUGAAGAAGCCCUCGCAGGACUUCAUCACAUUUCUUUCAGGACUGCGCGGACCACAAACGGACCACAACCUAAUCACCAAACCUGGACUGAUAAUCAAUAGCGGUGAUUAGUCGCGGAGUGAGACCUGUUGUGGGGAGACUCUUGGAGGAGCAUGCGGUUCGGUUUACUAUUCAGGCUCUAUGUGCUGUGGGGCUUUGUGGUGGUCACGACCUCCGUGACCAAGGCAGCCAAGAGGAAGGUGGCAGGCAGACGGUCCAGACAGGUGUUUGACGCAGAGCCUGUGGAGGGGGUGUGGUCAGUCUGGGGGGAGUGGUCUGAAUGCUCUCAGACCUGCAGCGUAGGCGUCUCACAGAGGAGCAGGAAGUGUUUACCUCCUCCACCUCCCCAGAACCCUCCCCUCUCCCACUCUCCACCUAACUGGGCAGGUUAUGUGCCCGGAGGCAUCGGAGGUCCUGUCAUCUCACCUUUGCGCCCCUUUUACCCUCCUCGUUACCCCGGGCAACACCAGCCUUAUCACUCCCCAUCAAUCCCCACCCAUCACAACCCGGGGCUGCCUUUGUAUCGGAAUACCAAUACCGGGGGAGGAGUAGGAGGAGGAGGAGGAGGAGGAGGUGGAGGUGGAGGAGCUCCUGUACCAGGACAGGCCAAUCCAAACCCUCCUUAUUACCAGCCAGAAUUCCCCCCAACCAAUCAAGACCAUGUGUCUGUUUACCGAUCGCCCUACCACGCCCCUUCACACGGCUACAACCAGCCAGCACGCAUCAUCAGGAGACCAACCAAUCCAGGAACAGCGAGGGCUGCAGGGAGCAGAAGGUCGAUCUCUGCCAAUCGGGACGGUUUGCCUGCGAGGAGGCCUUCUGCCAUCCGUCCAGGUCAGUUUGGGUACGGCAGAGUCCCGUUCUCUCUGCCUUUGCAUCGUCCCAACCGCCAGGCUCGCCACACUAUUAACGGCACUGAUGUUGAAACACCAACUGGAGUCAAUGAAGAUGACGUAGACAGGACAGAGGAAGAGGUGACAGGGAGUGAUGGAGAAGAUAGUGAGGCAGGGAGGCGUGACGAGGAGGAGGAGGGCACAGAGGGGCCUGCUGCUGAGGAGUUUCCCACGACAACCACCACAACUGGCAACCCACACCGCCAUGUUGACCGACCCCCACAAACCAACACAGAGCAUGUGAGGGCAAGAGAGCGAGCCCCGCCCUCUCACCCCUUCUCACGCUCCUCAUCACCAUCUUACCUAUCCAGCCGCCAUCGGUUUGAUUGGCACUCUGUCACUGCCCCGCCUCCUCCCGUCCCUCCUCUGUCCCGACCAAACUCCCCCGCCAUCUCGUCACCUUUUUCCCCUCCUCUCCACCGCUCCAGUCCAGUGCACAGAGAAAGGGAGCUCCACCCAGGCUUCAGCCCCCACGCCCCCCAUGCCCCACCACCUGGCGACAUCUACCCGCUACAGCACCCCCACAUCCCGCACCUGGGAGUGGAACCAGGCAGGGAUGGAGGAAGAGGAGCUCCUCAGGUGUACAGAUGCCCUGGGCCAGAGAAGGAGUACCGCAGGUGCUUUUCGCAGGUGUGUGGAGCGGGUGCGUUGGACUCCAGAGCAGAGCAGUGUGCAGCCUUUAACACCCAGGAGUUCAUGGGUCGCCUUUACGACUGGGAGCCUUUCACUGAGGUUGGUGUGGACAAACAGUGCGAGCUGACCUGCAGGCCUGCCGGCUAUCGUUUCUACGUCCGCCAGGCCGAGCGCGUCAGAGAUGGCACCCCUUGCUUCAACGUCAGCUCAAACGAUGUGUGUGUAGAGGGUCGGUGUCUGACCGAGGGCUGCGAUGGCAUACUGGGUUCCGGCUCUGUGAUUGACAAGUGUGGAGUGUGUGGUGGGAAGGAGAGCUCCUGUCGAAAGGUGACGGGAAGCUUCCAGAAUGUCACAGUUCCCCUUGGUUACUACAAAAUCCUGGACAUCCCACCCGGGGCUACAUUCAUCAACAUUACAGAGAGACGAGCCAGCCCCAAUUACCUGGCCAUGAGGAGCGGCACUGGGGCUUCAGUGGUGAAUGGGCGUUGGGCUGUGGACCCUCCGGGGGACUACCAGGCAGGAGGGACCACCUUCACCUACACCCGACCUAGAGCACAGGCAGACGGGGAGGAAGAGAGAGGCGAGUCCCUCAGGGCUCCAGGACCAACCACCACACAGCUUCAGCUAUAUAUCAUUUUCCACAAGGAGAACCCGGGCAUCGACUACGAGUUUUACGUCCCUGUCGAGAAGAAGGAGGCAGAGAGGGAGAGGCUGACAGAGAGGGAGAGGGAGGUACCCAGAGAGAGGCCGAGGGAGCGAGAGCCAGCGAGAGAGCGAGAGCCACCGAGGGCACCCCUUCGCAGUCCUCUCACAGUGUCAGUUGAAGACCCUCUCCCUGCUCCUCCCCCUAUUUCGGUCCCUUCUUUCCCCUCCUCCUCCUCCUCCUCUAGCUCUGUGUUUUCUCCUCCCUCCUCGGACCGAUGGACACCUGGAAGGUCACGCACUCGGGGCUCUGCGCCCAAUAGGAAUGCUCGCAUCCCCCCUCGCACUGACCUGCCACCAGACACUCAGCCACCAUUUGUGUGGAGGAGAGGAGGACUCACAGAGUGUUCUGCGUCCUGUGGCAAAGGUUUUCAGAACAGAAUCAUUCUGUGUAUAAACCGCCACACAGACGAAGAAGUCCCAGACAGGAAGUGUGACUCUGCAGCCAAGCCGGUUCCUGAGGAGGAGCCCUGUAACACAUUUCCCUGCCCACCAUUCUGGGAGGCUAGUUCAUGGUCAGAGUGCAGCGUCUCCUGUGGCCCCGGGAUGCAGCAGAGGCAGCUCCAGUGCAGGCAGAGCUUUGGGAACCGCUCCACUAUGGUCCACCCUCAGCGCUGUGCCAACCUCACCCCACCAGAGUCCACGCAGGCAUGUCAGCUCAGCGUGUGCUCCCACUGGGAGGUCAGCUCCGAUUGGAGCACGUGCUCAGUGGACUGUGGAGUCGGGAGGAGGACGAGGAGCGUGCGCUGCGUCAGCGAUCAAGGCAGCGAGGUGAACGAAAAGGAGUGCAACUCCAGGAUUCGCCCACGAGGAACUGAGGAGUGCAACAUGGGCCCCUGUGUAACCAACUGGUACUUCACCAACUGGUCCAACACUUGUUCUGCGCCGUGUGGCCCCGGGGUGCAGAAGAGGGAGGUGGUGUGUCUGACUCGAGGAGGAGUCAGGGAGGGAGGAGGGGCAGGGGACUGUGUUGGGGAUAAACCGGCAGAGAUGAAGGCCUGCAACGGGGGUCCCUGUGUGCCGACAACCAUUUGGUACAGCAGCCCCUGGACACAGUGUAAUGUCCCCUGUGGGAAUGGAACCCAGCGACGAGACAUCAUUUGUGUCCAGAGGAUGGGGAAUGAUUUUUCUGUCGUACCAGUCAGCGAGUGCGCUCAUCUGGACAAGCCUGCCGCGGUCCAGGAGUGUGAGAUGGGAGAGUGUGAGCCACAGUGGUUCACAACAGAGUGGAGCGCGUGCUCACGUUCGUGUGGAAAAGGCUUACAGAUGAGGGAGGUACGGUGUCUGACACCGGACAAAAAGCACAGCCAAGAAUGUGACUUGGACACCAAACCUGCACAGGAGCAAAUCUGCAACACAAUACCCUGCAGUCCACAAGUCGCAGAUGAAAACUGCCGGGACAGACGUCACAACUGUGUGAUGGUGGUUCAGGCCAGGCUGUGCGUCUACUCCUACUAUAAGACCAACUGUUGCGCCUCGUGUACCCAGAGUGCUCAGCGGGCCAAGAGGCACUGACCAGCCAAUCACACAGACAGCCCAGGUGUGCCAGAAGUCAAGGAUGAGGUCAAAGGGCUGAUCACCCCCGACAUGAUAAACCUGUAGAAAGGACAGCCCAGUGUAGACGUAUUCCCUGUGAUGGCCGUCAGAUAACAUUUAGCUAUUUUCUCCUGAUUCUUCAGGUAAAACACUGUGAAAGCAGCCGGUUCCUUUUUCCCAGUUCUCUGUAUACGAUCUCAUAUCGUCUAUUAGAACCACGUACUCCACUGAGAUUGCAUCUGUUUACUUUGUGCGUUAGCUUUAACAGGUUCGUAAUGUGUCACACACGGGGCUGGGUGAUGCAUUCGCUGCAGUUUCAACUCUCAUUUCUAAGGCUGAGAGAUUAUAAAGGAAGGUGCUCACUAUGGACACAGCUGUGUUUCAACAGCAAAUUUAGCCUUUUUUUUUUUUAAGAUUCUCUUUAAUCUACGGGAUCUUAAAACAGACGUAAUUAGACAUGCAUACCACUAAUUAUGAAAAGAAACGUGCUGAACAAAUAAUUACCAUGUGUGCUAGACAAACUGUGUAUACUGUAGUGCUACGUGUGCUGAGGAUCUACUGGAAUAGAUCUGCUGUGUGCACCCAGCUCAGCUAGAAGGAUUUCAUUAACAUAUCGUACGUCUUUUUCUGUUUGCCAAAAAAUUCUCCUCAAGCGUCCUCUUAUUGUCGAGUUCAGUAUUUGGACAGAUGAACCAAAGGAGUGGGGUGACCAUGGCAGUACGUGACCAAAUAUAUCAGAGCGGGAAGAGGUGAGAAUCCUCCCAAACUAGAGGGAUGAUGAGACAUGGACGUUAAAGAUAGACUAUGCAGGAUUUUCCUAAAACAAAUACAGACUCAUACAGAAGUAAUCCCUCUCAAUCUUCACUUAUGACCCACUAAAAGUGUGUGGCGGUGCUUGUAUUUUCUUAUUUCCUUUUAUUUUCUGUGCACAGGACGUUUAUGGGCGUGCCGUGUACCCUCGCAGUGCUCAUGUGAGGGCAGGGGUUUAUGAAAAGGUAGCAUCAGGAUGUCAGAAAGUAAGCAGCAGGCAUCCAAGAGACACUGCACCAAAAAUUUUUAAAUGUAGCGAAGCAAAACGCCAAACAAGAAUAAAUCUAGGGUUGUCUUUCACUUUCAAUGGCGAGUGUCUUUACAAACAGUAACCAACAAUCCUGCAUAGUUUACCUUUAAACAAGCAGCACAGACAUAUUCAUGUCAGUUACAUACACAUGUAGUGGUUUUAAAGAGGAAACAGACAACUUCUUAACUUUUCACUCCCUCAAAUUUUUAAGUGGUGUUAUUGUUGGUGCCGCUGCCACAGUCGACACACUCCCUUUGUACUGUAAAAUGAGCCGUAAUUUCCCCAGGAGAGCAAGAUGGUGUCAUUAUUCUAUAGCCAUUACAUAUGCAAUCCUCAUUUACUUCAUAAUGAUCAAUUAAAGCUAAAGACUUGUCUGUUUCACUUUAAAGAGAGCUGCUGGUGUGAAGAUUCAUAGUUUUUUCUUUUUACUAAACUAAAGCUGCUGCUCACUGAAUAACCCACACACACACACACACACACACACACACACACAAAAAAUCAAGUGAUAAGACUGGUGUAUACUUUUCUCCUUGUCAACAAAUCACAUGAAAAGACCAAACCAACAAUGUGUGAUACAUUUUCAUUUGUUUUUUAAAUGCUCAGUAAUUUUCUUGAAACAGCUGGGCAGUGUAGUUUUUACUUAAAAAAAAAAAGAGUAAAUAAUGUUUUUGUUAGGGACUAUUUUCAGCUGCUGAUUAACAGACGUGGUUUUAAGAGGAGUUUUACGCACAGAGAAAUAAGCUCUUUGAGGCUACUCAGCCUAUAUGUGUUUCUUCAUGGGAUUUCUUGACAAUAGGAAAAAUUUAAAAUGUCGCCUUUAAACCAUGAACUUGGUGAUGCACAGGUUUGGAGAUGUAAAACGAGAUGGCCAAUUCAGUCGGCAGAUGAAAUGUUGCCAUUGUACGUUUCUGCAAACCACAGCUAUGUUACAAUUGCACAUUAUUAUGUAGCAGAUACUUUGAAGGCAAUGCAGCUUUAUUUUGUCAAGCACAUUUCAUACACAAGGGCAACUCAAAGUGCUUUACAGAGCAAUACAAUAUGAAACAUACAGAAAAGAGUAAAGAGAAAAAAGGUAAAAUUGAUUACUGAAUGAUUUACAAUUUAAAAAAAAAAUCAUAAUUUAAAUUAGCAAAAGUGCAGACAAGAGGUGCAAUCAUACAAAAGUUAUUUAAAAUGAUUUGAAAUUUAGUUUAAAAAUAAGGUUGCCGUCAUUGCAGAGUGGCGUAGGCAGUGUAAAAAAAGAAUUUUUCAUAGCUUUGGGGCUUGUCUAACAUCAUCUAAGAGGUUAUUCCAGGUUUGUGCUGCAUGAUAACAAAACACUGCUUCACCAUGUUUUGUUCUGACUCUUAGUCAGAACAAAACAGUGGGACAGCCCCAGAUGUCCUCAGGAUCCUAGAAGGGUCAUAUGUCACAAGCAUGACAGAGAUUUGUUGGGUGCUGAGCCACAGAGUGAUUUCUACACAAAUGGCAAGAUUUUGAAAUCAAUUCUCAGUUCAGUUCAAACUUUACGUUUAUGCUUAACAGCACUGUGGUUAACUGUGGUUAGGUUUUGGCACAAAAAACACUGUUAUGAUUAGAAAAAGACCAUUUUUGGCCUUAAAAUACCCAGUUUAGGGGGCGGGAAAAGCAGCUAUGUCCCAGUAAUAAACAACCCCUUAUGGAGCCUAAAAAGCUGUUGUAAAAACAGCAACUGGUUGCUAAUAAAGCUGCUGGAAAAAUAGCAGCAGGUUGCUGCAAAACACCCACGUUUGGUGCCUAAGAAGCGGCAGGAAUCAACCCGCUUAACUCGCCAAAAAACAACCAGUUUUGUUUAUUUGUUGGUCUCAAACAGAGGUCUGCAGCUUGGCAGGCGUCUCACCCCCCCGUCCACCUCCAGAUGACAAACUCAGCUCAUAUAAUGUCACUUAAGAAACGUUCGUGCUUUGCAGAAAUGUACAAUGCCAACAUUUUCUUCUGGCCACCGGGCUGCAGUGACCUAAUUUUGCAAUUUAGUGAUCACAGCACCACGAUGAUUUGCCAAGGUAUUAAAAAAAACCCCUCAUCUUUAUAUCCUCCCUGUUUCCUCGCCUCAUCUCAAUAUCCUCUCUUUAUGCAUCCGUCAUCACCAUCUGAGGAGGAGAUGAUGAUGAAUCUGUCCUGUGAGAGUAGGUGAAGCCAGAAUUAGUAAACCUCAUGUAGACGGAGAAAGCUGCUUUCUUACAACAGUCCUUUAAUACGUUAAACGCAGUCAUUCUGCUCUGACCUGAGAGUAAACCUCUGUAUAUGUGUGUAAGUACUCUUUAUGCUUUUUCUCUCUUAUUACUGUUGUUACUUUACUCUUUACACACACACACACACACACACACACCCUGCCCACUCAAAGGUGAGGAGUCUGUAUAUUUGUCAGAUAUGUUUUAAUGUCUAUAAUUUCUUUGAACAUAGUAGGUGCUUAUGUUUUAUAACUGAGUAGAGGUAUCAGAAGUGUUGUUGUAGACAAUUAUCCAACAUUUAUCCACAUCUAACUGUCAUAUAACUAUUUUGCAUUCGACAAGAGAAUCAGUGAUGUCAUCGUACUCGUGAGAUUUGGAUGUUUGCGUGUGUGACGUGUCUGUGUGCUCAUGUAUGUGCAUGUGUGAAUGUGUGUGUUGCGAUCGUGGCUUUGAAUGUGUCAUUCUUGUCUCUAAUCCCUCGUAGUAAAAAAAUUACUUUUUAUAUAAAAACAAACAAAGGAUAGUAAUUUAUCUAUUAUCGAAAGAACAUGUAAUUUAUUUUUGUUUUAAGAAGCUGUAGCAAAUUUUCUUUGUUACCACCAGAGUUUAUAAGAUUGUUAUUGUUGAUACACAGACAGAUUUUUUUUUUUUUUUUUUUUUAUCAUGCAAAAACAAAAAACAGUGUGGAAAAAUUAUUAUCUCAAAGCUUCAUUUUAAAUAAAACAACACGGAAAUUAA